AUGCCGGACAAAGAACCGUGGGAGCCUUUGGCCUUUGUCGAUUACCUCAUGCUGGGCAUAGUGUGUACCUUCCAAGCCUUUGCCCUGGGCGUGUGCAUCCAUCUAAUUCGUUGGCGGAAGUGGCCACCAUACGUCACCAAGAACGUCGAUAUCGUCAUCAUCAUGACAUUCGCGGGUUUCGCAUGGACAUUUGCGGCGGCGGUAGGCCACGGCCUUAUUCAGAGGAGCGAAGACGACUUCCUCGCCAACUGCUAUUUUGAGUCAACAGACGCCGUGCCGGCGUGUCCAACUCGACUCUUCAGGGUCCAGGUACUGCUACUAUCGAGUACCGGUCUGAUACCCCUGCUGCUGGCCAUCCUGGACCCAGACCUUUUCUUCUUCGACGAAACUGCCAACUCUUGCGGCACCUCGACGGGCGCGACGCGGGUGGUGCUGGGCAUGGACGCUUUUGGAUUCUCCAUGAUAUUGUGUCUCUGGCUUGUAUGUGCCCGUCAGCUGAGGUGGGUCCGGAAGCAGUUCAACGAGUAUGAGGCGAUGAAGUGGACCCUGUCAUGCCUGACUAUUCUCCUGUUCAGCUACGCGAUCGUGGUGGCCAUAAUUCUCGACGGCCACCACUGCUACGUCAGAAGAGUGGCCAUCGCGUGGGAGCCGUUCAAGAUGAAGCUGACAGGGAACGCAGAGUACUUGUACUCGUUCACCCAGGGCUUCUCGGAGAUGCCUUCCCCCGCACAGCUUAAAGCCAAUUUGGCGCAGCAGCUAUCCGUAGAGCAACUUCGGGUCGAGUUUCGGAGAUACAUCGAGGCUAAGGUGGCCCAUGAGCUGGUGGACUUUUACCUCGACUCCCUAGACAGGGAGGAGAUCAUGGAGUACUUCGCCAGACAGGCGGCGACAAUGCGCAUUGUGGACCAGUACAUCAGGGAAGGAGCCCCCGACCAGGUAAACAUAUCCGGGGAGUGCCGGGAUGAGAUUUUGUCAACGCAUGUGACGGCGUACGACAUUUUCGACCGCGCUAGGGCCGAGGUUCUGGAUGUUAUGGAGACCAACUUCCAGACGGAUUUCGUGGAGACGGAGGGGUUCCGUCGCAUCGUCAACGCGGCCGAGCUGGAGCAGAGACAGAUCCGUCUCCUUCAGGCUGAGGGUUUCUUGCUACCGAAUACCGGGACCUCACCGACUGACACGGAGGUUCUCUCUCCUUCCAGUCCGGACGGCGUGCUGGGCCCGUUCAGGCGCUUGUCCUUGGUGGGACGGAUGUUGUUUUCGUCUUCAGUAGGACCAGCUCGCACUUCUUUGUCUUCGGCAGCGCCCCAAGAUGCCGGCACCGGGGGGGGAGAGGGGGGCAGAGGUGUUGGUAACAACAACGGGAGCAGGAGCACCCAGAAUGAGGGAAAAGGGCGCGACGAGGAUGGCGACAUGGCCGUUGCUAAGACUGGUGGCGGCAAUGUACCUGGUGGCGGUGGUGAAGGGGGUGGUACCUCGUAA